AUGUCCGCCGCCAUUCUAUUUGCCCUAGUCACUGGGUGCCUUAUUUUGCUUGCGCGCCUAUCUACUUUGUACCUCAGAUUGUCGAGCAUCCCCGGGCCAUUUGCGGCCAAGUUCACCGACAUCUGGCGUUAUUGGUCCCAAAAUUCACAAGGUCAUGCCUCAAGGCUUGUUGCACUACAUGACAAGUACGGCAAGCUCGUCCGGAUUGGGCCCAACCACAUCAGUAUAAGCGACCCAGCCUCCAUACCCAUCGUCUACAGCACGAACCCGACAUGGCUCAAGGGUCCCUCUUACUACGGUGCAAUCCCAGUUAGCAAGAAUCGGGCUUUACCUACUAUAAUUGGAAUGGAUGAGGCUAAGCACACUGCCGUGCGGAAGUCGGUCGGACGCGCUUUCACGACGAACACACUGCUCGAUUACGAAGAUUCAAUCGAAGCAACUGGCGAAGGGCUUAUCAAAGCCCUUGCGGGAAAAUCCGAAGUUGACAUUGGAGAAUGGCUCCAGUAUUUUGCCAUGGACAUGCUGAUCCAGAUUGCCUUCAGUAACUCGCUUGGGAUGUUGGCUGAAGGAAAGGACAUUGACGGAACUCUAGCAGCCGUAAUGGCACGGUUUGACCACUGGGGUCACUGGGGGGCACUUCCCAACAUCGACUAUUUGUGGAAUAAGAGCCGCCUCGCAACAAUCCUCAGAGGUGUCGGUGACAGUCCUCUCGCUAUGAUUGCGCAGGAGAAGCUAGAAGCCAGGAAGAGAACUACCAACAAGCUAGCAUACAAAGAUCUUUGCUCAAAGUUUCUCGAGGGCCAGAGCAAGUAUCCAGAACUUGUUCGCCAAGAUGAUAUCUUGGGUAUCAUCAUGUCGACCAUCGGCGCAGGAGCCGAUACCACCGCUGGCACUUUGGCAUAUACUCUGUACUUCCUUUCGAAGCAUCCUGUCGCAAAAAACAGGCUAGAACAAGAGAUCGAGGAGAAUCUGGCUACAGGAAAGCUCUCCCAUCAACCCAAAUGGGCAGAGGUCCACCGGAUGCCAUACCUCGAUGCGGUGCUGAAGGAGUCCAUGAGGCUCCUUCCCAUCGCAUCCUGGGGCCUUGAUCGUGUUGUACCGCCCGCAGGUGCCACUAUCGCGGGAGUGUUCAUUCCCGGGGGCACUAUCGUCGGGUGCCAGAUUGAUUCCAUUCACCUGAACAAGGACGUUUACGGAAAUGAUGCUACCGCCUUUAGGCCGGAACGAUGGAUUGAAGCGAGCGAAGAGCAGCGGCGGUACAUGGAUCGUUCAUUCCUUGCAUUCAGCGCUGGCAAGCGGACAUGCACUGGCGUUCACAUUGCCUGGCUAGAAAUGAAGAAGACUUUACCUUUGUUGAUGAUGAACUUUGACUUGGACCUUGUUGAUCCGAACCAAGAUGUCAGAGAGGGUAUCAGGAUUAGUGCUGUGAAAUAUCCCCCUCCGAUUCCGAUGAGGGUGACUACAAAGAACAAAGGGUCCGGUUAA